GCGCGCAGUAAAUAUUCGCACGGUGGCUAUAGGUGGCCAUAUAUAAGGUUGCCUUUAUACUAUCUGACAGCGGUUUCGGUGAUCACAAGACUCGCAACAAUUUAUCAGGUCGACCAAUUUCAACAGCAUGGAUUUCUUUGACAAGAUCUUAGACUACGCAGAGCGGCUUCCAGAGGGCAUUGAAAGGACAAGGGAUCAGAUUAUCGGAAUCAUCGAUCCUAAUAGGCGUCACGAUAACCCAGAGGAGAAACUCGACGAUGAGAUUAGAGCGCAGAUCAAUGCCAGUCACCGUUUCGAUAGCUUCGCGGAUCAGAGGUUAGACAAUGCUAUUAAAUGGCACAUUGAUGGUCAUGACUAUAUGUAUGCAUUGUCUGAGAUACUCGACAGUGCAAAGGAGUGUAUCUUUAUACUAGACUGGUGGCUCACACCUGAGUUAUACCUUAGACGACCACCCGCAGAUCAUCCGGAAUGGAGACUCGACCGAUUGCUUCAACGCAAGGCUCGAGAAGGAGUGAGAGUAUAUGUUAUCGUCUAUAAAGAGGUCACUCAAACCAUGUCAAUGAACUCGAAGCAUACAAAGGCCGCGUUAGAGGCCUUACACCCGAACAUCGCUUGUAUGCGACACCCUGAUCAUAUUGGAAGCAAAGACGCCGUGGAAUUCUGGUCUCACCAUGAGAAGCUUGUGGUUGUUGACAACCACCGCGGAUGUGUUGGAGGACUCGACAUUUGCUUUGGUCGCUGGGAUACACACAAUCACCCUCUUGCAGACGUACACCCGACAGAUUGGUCACGCACUCUCUUUCCUGGGCAGGAUUAUAACAACGCACGUGUCCUUGACUUCGAGAAUGUCGACAAUUAUGUUAGCAAUGCUGUCUCGAUCAUGGAAACGCCCAGAAUGCCAUGGCAUGAUGUACAUAUGACACUUUGUGGUUCUGUUUGUUUGGAUCUUUCCCAGCAUUUCGUUGAGAGGUGGAACGAGGUGAAACGUAGGAAGUACCGUAAUGAUGACCGAUUUGACUGGCUUGCGCUUCCUCAUAAUGUGGCGCUUUCUCCGAACGAAGCUGUCGUCCGCCACCCCCAUCGUGAGAAAUGGCAUCAGAUGGGCCGUCGUUUCAGACAACGCUUCCACCUCGAAGCAGAUGACGAAGUUGAGCCGCCUUACACUGCUCCCCCGCACGGACAAUGCCGCGUGCAGGCUGUGCGGAGUGUCUGCGACUGGAGCCACGGUGUGCUUACCGAACACAGCAUCCAAAAUGCUUACAUUCAAUUGAUCAACGAGGCCAAUCAUUUCAUCUAUAUUGAAAACCAAUUCUUCAUCUCUAACACGCGCGAGGAAGGCCCCGUGAAGAACCAAAUAGCAAAGGCAAUCGUUGAGCGGAUCAUUAAAGCAGCCAGGGAUGAUCGAAAGUUCAAGGUCAUUGUGGUUAUACCUGAGCUCCCUGGAUUUGCCGGGGAUAUUAAGAAUGAUAGUGCUCUGAAGAUUAUCAUGGCAGCACAGUACCGCACGAUUAAUCGUGGCGGUCACAGUAUAUAUGAAGAGAUCCGAAAAGCUGGUUUUGAGCCGAUGGACUACAUUCGUUUCUACCACCUACGUGCCUAUGACAGGAUCAAUGCUCCCCAGAAAACGUUGAUAUCUCAAAUGGAAGCAAACUCGGGGGUCACAUUCUAUGAAGCUCAGAUCGCUCUUGCGCGCCAAUGGGAAGGUUCCCGCUACACUGGCAACGACGCUCCGAAGGAAGUGUUUAUCAAAGUACCUCAGCCUGCACAGGAAGGCAUGGCUUUGAGCCAGAUCAAGAUGAAGCUGGAGAAGGUGCCUCUACCGGCCUCAUAUGAUGACGCAGUGAACAUUGUCCGGACAUUCGAGAAAGGCUCAGAUGAUAUCAGAGGCGACGAAGAUGUGUCUGAUACCGUAUCGCAACAUAGACUGCAGGACCGAACACGCUUGAGCGAUGAGAUAUGGUAUGGUUCUGAGGCAGAGGAGCGGGAUGCAUACGUGUCAGAGCUUCUCUAUAUUCACUCGAAGGUUAUGAUCGUUGACGACAGACGUGUUAUCAUGGGUUCUGCAAAUUUGAAUGACAGAAGUCAAAAGGGAGAUGGCGAUUCUGAAAUCGCGCUCGUUGUCGAAGACGGUGACAUGGUGCGCUCGACGAUGGACGGGCAUCCAUACAUGGCCGCACGAUUUGCGACUACUCUGCGUCGCAAGCUCUUCCGGGAGCACCUUGGCCUUAUCGAGCCUCAGAACGUCUUGCAUUCCACCGAGAAGGUCACCUCGUUCAUGCGAUGUGCGCCAGAGCCCAACGACGACGAGAUCGGGACGCGGGAGGACAAUGCCGUGGCGGAUCCCCUAGCAGACAGCACCCUGGAGCUGUGGAAUCGUACAGCAAGAACAAAUCGCGAGAUUUUCACAGAAGUCUUCCGCCCUGUGCCCACUAACCUUGUUCGUUCCUGGUCUGCGUACGAGAACUAUUUGCCAAAGGUUAAGACUGGUCACGUUGUGCCAGAAAUACAGCUGCAGCGUAUCAAGGAACGCCUUUCCCAGGUCAGGGGUUCAGUGGUCGAGUGCCCCCUGGAUUUCUUGAUCGAUGACAAGGAGUUUGUUGAGGGUGUUGACUGGCUGGGAUUGAAUCCAACACUUCCGAUUUACAUCUGAUCGAAGUCGUGGUGGCGUCAUCGUGCUUGGCAGUAUGGACUUGUGUAUUGGUAUCUAUGAUCAAUUAUGUAUAAGAUGUUAUUGCGAAGUUUGUGGGUUAAUCGUGAGCUCUGCAGAUUUUAGAAACAAAAGAGGGACUAUUCAAGCACCAUUUCAAACACCAAAACCGCGGCGAAGAGCAUUGAUUAAUGCAUGCGCUGGUCAGGAGGACAUGAGAGAACAUGAGGC